AUGGCUCAUCAGUUUUGGAUAUCGUAUCACCCACCGACUGGAAAUAAACAUGCGUCUAGUGGAGAUGAGACCCCACCAAUACCGGAAGAAGAACUUGAGCAACAGAAACUUGAACACGAAAAGCAACUUCAAAAGGAAAAGGAGUGCCAAGCGAGAGAGGCGGAGGAAAUCAGGCAACUUGAUAUUAAGCUUCUUCAUCAGCGGGCCAUUGAAGCGGAGGAGGACAAAAAGAGAGAAGUAACUGUGUUAAUACAGUGCGUUCAGUAUAAUAUGUUGUCCUCUGAAAUGGUAACACGUAAACUGUGUCCCUAUAUGUCAAUAACAUUCAUGCGAAAAAAUGACAAAUUAUGUUAA